UUUUUUUUUAAUUCAUUCACCUUCUAUUUUCUUUUCUUUUCCCUUUAUUAUUAUAUAGUGAAGGAGGUCAGAUAGAACAGAAAGGGUGAAAGAGGGAGAUAAUGCAGGCUUCCAUUGUAUCAUUAGUGUUCACUGCACUUGCAUUGGGGAUGAUGAUUGUUGUUAACCUAGGUGUUACAUUUACAAAUAGUAUCUUACCUCAAGUAUAUGUCAUAAAAUUGAUUCAACCUUUAGGUGAUUUAUCCAUUGUCUAUGGUCCCUAUAAUUCUUGCCUGAUGGAGGAUAACCAUAACGUCACGACCACAAAGAUGAUGAUGAAUUGUACCGAGGCCAGUUUAUCCUAUGAUCUUGAUCUUGAUCAAUUAGUGGCGAUUAGCGGUGCUGCCAAUAUUCAACAACUUCAAUUUCAAAUCGAUACAAGUAAACCUUUGGCUCUUCAUAAAGCCAAUCUUGUUGUGUUACCAACAGCUAUUUUGUGUUUUCUUUCACUCUGCGUUGCAAUAUUUACACAUCGAACAUCUGAUAUUUUACCAUGUCUUGGAGGUAUGUUCAGCAUUGUAGGAUUUGUAUGUAGUGCUUGUGGACUUGCUAUGAUUAUCUUUUCCUACAUGACCUUAUUCCAAUCAUUACAAACAUUGUUCGGUUUAACAUAUACUUGGGGUCCAUCUUUAUAUAUGUUGGGUAUCAGUAGUUUUUUCCUCUUGAUUGGAUUUAUUUGUUUCUCUGCACAGUGUUGGUCUGAUCCAAAAUAUCGACAAAAUGCUAUGUCAACCAUCCGUCGUCGUCGUCGCCGUCGUCAUCCUCAAAGACAAUAUGAUCCUAAUCAAUAUCAUGCCACCCCUUAUCAACCUCAGUCUCAUCAUCCAUCUUUUUCUCCUCCUCCUCCUCCUCCUCCUCCUCAUCAUCAUCAUCAUCAUCAUUCAUUACCAGCAUAAAAACAAUGACAUUUUUUUUUAAUAAAAAAGGUAUCCACUUAUAGGUAUAGAUUUUUUGUGACAUGUAUAUGAUU